AUGAAAGAAUUUAAAAGAAUAUUGAUUUCUCGAUCAAAUGAUUAUUCAGGUGGCGGUGGUUUUGGUUUUACACUUCGUCAUUUUGUUAUAUAUCCAUCAUCAGUUUCUGUUAAUGACAUUCUCCAGGCCUCGUAUAGUGUUAUCAUAGAUGAACAUCAACAAAAACAAUUAGAAGAAAGAAGAGAAACAAAAUCAGCAAUUAUACCAUCCACUGCUUCAUCGUCGUCAUCAGGCGCUCGCAUAUCUUAUCAAGGAGAACAACAACAACAAAAACAACAAGAAAUAGUGUCGCCAAAUUCCAUGAAAACUAUCGGCAGCGACAACGUCGAAGACAAGGGAACAACUAUCGCAAACAGUAAUAAUGAAAAUAUUCGAUCGAUCGAUACGAUUUUCGUUAAAGAAGUACGUUCUGAUAGCCCAGCUUAUAAUGCUGGCUUAAGGUCGGGUGAUCGAAUAUUAUCUGUCAAUGAUCAAUCUAUUCAUGGAAAAACUUAUUCACAAGUGAUUGCUAUAAUUCAGAAUACUCCUAAUGAUCUUAUACUUAAUGUUGUACCAAAACCAGAUGACACUUUUCCUGUAAAUGUCUACGAACCUCGUUUAUCAUUAAAUCGUUCUUCAUCAUAUUGUUCUUCAACAAGAAACAUGUCAAAAAGUACAAUUGAACAAAAAUUGCGCAAUUUACAAAUAAAAUUGGCGCAAGGUCGAACACAAGAAGAACUUGCACAAGCUGGAAUUUACUUUCCUCCACCAGAUUCUUCAUCAUCACAAAAUACUUUUUCAAACUAUAUUGAUUCAGUUCAUAAAGCAUUAGAUCUUUCUAAAGAGCCAUCAAAAGAAGAUUCAACAUCGUAUUAUCAAUCUCCUUAUCAUGAUGAAUAUAUUCCUUAUGAUUAUAAAAAACAAACAUCAUUUCAACAACAAAAACAAAUCGAUCCAUCAUAUAUACCUUUGGUUAACUCAUCACUCAAUAUUCCAUCACAUGAUCAAACUCAAUGGCUAAGUCCAACAUCAUCUCAACAAGAAUUCAAAUCUUCAUCAACUGUUUCAUUAACGAAUGAUAAAUCUUCAAUUAAUGAAAAUGAUACGAAAACAGAAUUUGUUAAUUUUCGUAAAAAGCAAUUUGAAACAGGACAUGUUGAAAAUUUAAUUCAUGACACACAACGUGAAUCAAAAACAAAAAAAUAUUCAGAGAAGAAAAAAUAUGAAAAUGAAUGGAAUCGUUUAACAGCUGUUGCUGAUGUUGACUCUGUUAUGAAGCGUGCAGCACAUUUCGAAGAUAUUGAUCCGGAUAAAUUUGGUCGAUUGAAAUCGAAACUUCCAAAUUCACUAUUAUCACAAGAUACUUUGACAUUUCAAGAUGAUUAUUUACAUGAUAUUAAUCCGAAUCAAAUUAUUUUCUAUGAUGCACAACCACAACCACAGUCACAGUUUAACUUGAUCAAGCCAAUAUCAACUUCGUUAGAUCCCACUUCUUGUUUUUCAUUUCCAAGAGGUGAUGAAACGAACACCAUCGAAUAUAAUUAUGAUCAUCGAUAUAUGGUUGAACCAAUGCAAAGAAGCCAAUCUGAAGCAUCACCAAUUACAUCAUCAUCUCAAUAUGGUCCAUUAACGACAAAUGAAAAUCAACGAUAUUCAACGAAUAAUUAUUCACCAACAUGUUCAUCACGUACAGGUGGUUCUAAUUUAAUUCGUCAAGAUUCUUACAUAACAGCUGUCAGAUCGGCUCACCAAAAUGAACACGGAGAUUUUGUUAAUUUGCAUGCUUUGGGACAGCUUGAUUUUUCCUUCAGCCCCGAAACACCUAUUCUUCGACGCAAAGUAUUUCAAUAUGGAAGAACACCAGAAACAUCAGAACAACAAUUAAAACAACGUCGAACAUCAUAUUUAAUUGCAACCGAUCAAAGAAUACGAACAAAUCGAGACGAUUUUGUUCCGUCGGAUGUGAUUAAAAUGAAUAAAAAUGAAAAUUAUUCUUAUGAUACGCAUCAUGAACAACAACAACAACAAAAGUCAAGAAAUACAUCUCAUCAUCAAAUACAAGCAAUAAAAAAGCUGAAGAAUUUUUUCGGUGAAGCAACUCCAGAAGUAACGCAUGCACUUGAUCAUCGUUCAUUAUUAUCUUCUCCACUAUCAUCAAUGAAUCAAUCAAAAUCUGCUUCUUAUUUUGAUAAUUCAACAACGAAUCAACGAGAAUCAAUAUCAUUAACAACAAUGACUGAUAAUUUAGAAGCAUCAAAAGAAGGAAUACUCUAUUGUAAAACUGUAUUGAAAGAAGGUCAUCGUGCAGCUGAUCGUUCAUGGCGUGGAGCUUGGGCUGUACUUAGACGUGGAACUUUAUUUCUUGGCAAAGAAAAAAAACAUGGACUAUUAAUUCCACUUUCAUGUGAUUCAUUUCCAAUUAGUCUUCUAAAUGCUGAUGUUGAAUUAGCAAGUGAUUAUAUUAAAAAACCACGAGUUUUCAAAUUAAUAACAUCAAAUCAAAGUGAAUAUUUAUUUCAAGCACCAGAUUUACAAUCUUUAACAGAGUGGUUAGACGCUAUCAAGGAAAACUGUAUUUUUUCGCAAUCAGAACAAGAUAAUCAACAAUUAAUUAUUGAUAACAAAGGAAAAUUUCAAAGAAUCAGUACAAAUUCAUUACCGCCCAUUGCACCUACUAAAAAUUAUGCUAAUAGUGAACAAGAUUUAAGAUGUCAAACUGAAGAACAAAGCAAAUCAAGUCCAUCGAAUGGGCGAAAAUCCAAGAGUUCUCUUCGAAGUCCGUCAAUAAAGCGUUCGCCAAGCCUUCGUCGUUCUCGAAAAUCUCAAAAAUCUUCUAUACCUCAACCAACUCAAACAAUAUCAUCAUUAAACAAUUUAACUUCACCAUCGAAUGCUUCUCCUCGUCAUUGGUUUGUUAAAUCUAUUGUAAAAAAGGGUCUUCGAACAUUAAAAUCGUCGUCAUCGUUAUUAACAAAUCAAAUGAGUGGACAAAUUUAUGACGAAAGUAGUGGAGAAUCAUUAUCAUCAACAACAGGUGCUUCUACACUUUCACAUGGAAUAAACUUUAGUAUUGAAUUAGAAGAAUGUGAAUCAUCAUCAGUAUCACGUUAUAUUCCUAUUGUUGUCGAAAUUUUAACACGCCUUGUUGAACUUCGCGGAAUUAGUUGUCAAGGAAUUUAUAGACAUGCUGGAGGUUUAACAGCUGUCAACUGGCUUGUUCAUGAGUUAGAUAAAGGUGCCGAAAAUGUUGAAUUUAAUUCAGAAAAAUGGUAUGAUGUUAAAGCUGUUGCAUCAACAUUGAAAACGUUUUUUGCUAAAUUACCUGAUUCACUUCUAUCAUCAAAGAUGAGUAGUCUAUGUGUUGAAGCAAGUCGAAUUGAAAAUCAUUGUGAUCGUUUACUUGAACUAAAACGACUAGCUGUUCAAUUAGAUGAUUAUCGAUUUGAAACAUUGAAAUAUUUAUGUGCUCACUUUAGAAGAGUUGCUUCCAAAUGUCAUAUUAAUAAGAUUGAUGCAAGAAAUUUAGCAAUUAUCUUUGGACCAACAUUAAUUUGGAAUUCAAAAGCAUCAUUACAAUCAAAUCUUGUUGAUAAUCCAGAAAAAAUUAGAAUCAUCGAAUCAUUCAUUUUAUAUUAUGAAUGGUUUUUUGAUUACAAUGAAUACAAUGAAAUUCCAGUUGAAAUAAAUCCUCAAAUGCCAAAAUUACCACCAGUGUUGAAUACGGGUAGUCUUGAUCCUGAAAUAUCUUUAAACGAUGAAACAAAACCUUCUGAAAUAAUUCAACAAAUUGUUCGUGCAGCUAAAAGACGAUGGUCAUCACCAUUAUUACUCGAUUCGUUAUCAUCACUAAGUACAACAACAGAACAACAAACAUCAAAACCAAUCAAUAUAUCUGUUAAAAGAAAUCGUCGACAAGACAAAAAAGAAGAAAAACCAUGUCGAUCUCGUUCUGUUGAUUCAUCACUGAAUGACAAACAACCAAAUCAAGCAGUAUCAUCAUCAACCGAUUCAGCUGUUUAUUCCAUGUCAGAUAUAAGUUCAUCCAUAAGUACAACAAUUAAAAAACCAUCGCAAUCAUUAAAAGAUAUUUCACAUUUUUUUCAUUAUUUUACAUUAUCGAAUGAAAAAUAUAAAUCAAAAACAUUAACAAAUAUUCGAAGGAAAAAAUUACGAAAAAAACUAACGAAUGAAACAUUUAUUUCGCCGACAAAUAAAAAUGAUGAUAUUUAUGAAAGAAUAAGUAAUUCAAGUAUUUGUUUUAUUGAUCAAUCACCAAUUCAUGAAGUUGAUUUUGUACAACAAACUUCAUUAUUGAAAUCGAAAUUAAUUCAACAUGAAAAUGUUCUUAAAACAUUAAAACAACAAAUAAAUCAAGUUGAUCAACAACUUUUAAUUAUUCAAGAAGAUUCAAUAAAACACAAUCAAGAAAUCAAAUCGAUUUCUCCUUCUAAUCAUCAAUUAAUUAAACGUCGUCAUACAUUUAAUUCUCUUUUUGAUUUAAAUUGUUUAUUUACAGAAAAAGAUAAAUGUUCAUCUUCUUCUUUGUAUGCCUUACAACUUUUGUGA